UAGGCCAUAGUCGAGAUAUAAAAAUUUGGUUGUAAUUUUUUCCUUUUGUUUUCCAUUUUUUUUAGUGCCUUUGACAAUAUUUAUUUAUUUAUUUUUCUAUGAUGAAUUUUGAAGCAUAUCAAAGUCUUUGCAAAUUAAUGAGGUCAAUUCCGUAAAUUGUGAUAUGAUGAAUAAUAAUUUCAUGUGGGGAAUUGCAGGCCCUCAUGCAGGAAACAAACAAACAAAUAUAUAUUGUAGGUAUGGAUGGUGAAGCUGCUUCUUUAAAUACCCCUCAAAUUGAUCCCUGCAGUGAAAAGAAAGGGCAAAGCAGGGCCAAAGAUUUCUAACAACAAAAGUUGAUCUAAGUAUUCGAGGCAGAAUCAUGUCUUCUAGAGGUAGAAAGAAAGCAUCUGUUUAUCGGAAACUGCAAGAGCUUCGCUCUGUUACAGACUCUACUGCUGUCAACAAGACCUCAAUCAUUGUAGAUGCAUCGAGAUAUAUAGAGGAGUUGAAAGAAAAGGUGGAUAAACUGAACCAAGAAAUUUCAACUUCACAAACUUCAACUUCCCAGAAUCCUCUGCCGAUGCAGGUUACAGUGGAAACCCUACAGAAGGGUUUCCUUAUUAAUGUGUUAUUGGAAAAGAAUUGCCCUGGUUUGCUUGUUUCCAUAUUGGAAACCUUCGAAGAGCUUGGCCUUGACGUGCUUGACGCUAGGGUUUCUUGCGAAGACAAUUUCCAACUAGAGGCCAUUGGAGGAGAAGUAAGGAAUUUGGUAAUUCAUUGUUUUCUCUUUCAUCCCAAAAAUCAAGGCAAUGCUGAAGGCAUCGAUGCUCAAAUGGUGAAGCAAGCAGUGCUCCAGGCUAUCAGUAAAUGGAGUGAAAAUACCCAGCAGGAUUAGGAUUUCUCUGCUUUCUUUUGGAUUAGAUUGCUUCAUCGAUUUCUUUGAUCAGUUGCAGUUGCGGUGUAACAACUUUUAUCUUUAUCAAGGGAAGUUUCAGCUUUUAAAUCUUCUUCUCAUCAAUUUAUAUACUAAUAAUAGGAUUCGGAGCA